AGUUUCAUUUAAUAUUUUCGAAUAAAGAUGAUAAAACACUAAUUUUAUAACAAUUAUUCUACAAUCCCAUUUAACCGCUUUAUUUGAUUUAAAGUAACUAUUUUGAUCAGGGUGUGCAUUACUCUUCUAAAUGUUGAUUGGUUAAUCGGUGGCGGGUAUUCCAAACCGAAACCUUUCUGAAGACAAGUUUUAACAUGGUUGGUUGAUGUCGUCAUUAAAAAAGAGUAUUGUCGAAAAAUAAAAAUAGAUAAAUGUGACUUUUGGUGGUUGCAGAGACUGAAGCUGUGGUCAAUCGACUGCAUGACAGUUUGACAGUGUCUCUGUGUUUCAUGCUGAAAUAUGGAGGUUCAUGGGCAAGUGAGAGAUGUAACCAGCCCACCUAGGAACCCGUCCCAUCAUCCACUGCCACAGCCUCUCUGCAGCCCUAUUGUGUCUGACGGUUGUGCAAUGAGCCACGGGAGCCCAAAGUCCUGCAUGGCUUGUCCGACACCGAGCCCUGCAGGGAAGAGGUUUAUUGGGCUGCCUAACAACGCCCGCAAUGACAUCUACAUGAAGACCUUGAUGAACAGCCCAUACCACAAGUCUUAUACGCCAAUGUCAGCCACGCCUGGCUACAGCCCUAUGUACACAACUCCAGUAAGGGUUCCUCAUACUGGCAAGUCUGAGCCCCACGGUACUGGCCCAGACCCCAGUCCCCACCCUGGGGGCAGCAUCUCCACACCCCAGGGCACUAGACCUCCAGGAACCAGACCCCCAGGCAGUGGGCACAAGUAUGCGACACCCAAGAAUGUCAUCUUGAACCCCUUUGAGGCAGGACUGGAUGAUCUUCACCUGCCGGCAUACAUGAGUCCAGGAUUCUUUACUGUGACAUCAACACCAGCAUCAGAGGAGAGAAGGCAGUUCCGCUGGUCAAUAGAACACCUUGCAGAGCUCAACCCUGCUGACAUUGACCCUAUGCCCAUGCACCAGGCACCAGCUGUGCUACCUGACAGGGAGACCGAGGAGCGGGCCCAGAGGGCGAUAGAGCAGUUUUUUGCCAACAACCUCAUAGUCCCCUCCCCCUGGAGUGACCCCCAGAAACCCAGAAAGAAGAACAUCCUCCCGUCUACACCAGGCCCCCAGGGAAGCCAUCACAGUGAGGCUCUGAUGCAGGAACUGCAGGGAUCCAUUCAGAAGGCAUUGCCGGCCAGUCAAGGCAAGGUGGACGCUUCCUGCCAGACCAUGUUGUCACUGCCUGUGAAUUUUGACCUUAAUGCAGUUCUUGGUGCCUAUGUGACUGGUGACACAGACGAAGGGACACAGGAGAUGCUGAGCACUUCCUCCCUGCGCAGGAAACUCUUCUUUCAUGGAGACACGUCUAGUCUGGCACCCAGCCCUGUUAAAAACGUGGGUCAUGAGGUGGAGCCAGAGUCGCCCUGUGGAAGACAACAGAGGCAUUCCAACUGGGAAAGAAUUACUCCCUUGAAAAACACGCCAGCUUUCUCAUCAAGUCCAAUCAAGAGUGCCUGUACCCCCCAACAUCGACGCUGCUCCUCCGACCCAGAAUUCCUUGCCUCACCAGAACUGUCACCCAUUGUACAAGGCAGUAUACCCAAAACAGGAGCACGUUCGCGGUCUUCAGGCAUGUUUGAAAUGCACCCAGAUGAGUUUGAUAUCAGCCCUGUUACGGCAGGGGACAGCGGGCGACACCACAGCCUAGUGUCUCCCAUACCCUUUCAGGGGCUGAUGGAGGAAAACACAGAGGACGACUUCAGACCAAAGUUUGAGGACAGCCCCGGCUUCUCUCCCAUACGACCACCCAAAACACCCACCAGAAAGAUUUUGAGGAAGAGCCAGGAAGAAUCUUAUAUUCAAGAGGAGGUUUGUGACAGUGAUGGGGAGGAGUCAGUGACCCCAGUGUCCAGCAGGCCCCAUGUGCCCAGCCCCUCUGCCAUCUCUGGGGAGAGCAUGUCUCCCAUCUGCCACAAUCUGCCUCAGAAAAAUGCCUCAACGCUCCCUAAAUCUCACAGCUGUACAGACCUGCAUACUACCAUGGACUUUGAGUCUGGUGGCAAUCCACGCGAGAAUAUUCUGACAUCAAGUCUUUGUGAUACCAGAGACUUCACAUCGUCAGACCAUUUCCAUGACGACACACAGCAGCACCACAGCCUGUCCAAUCAGGACACUGGAUACCAGACAGCUAGUCUGCAGUCGACCAAUCAAGAAUCACUUCACACUAACUUGACCAAUCAGUUCAGCUCUCUGCCAUUCAAUAUGACCAAUCCAGAAACAGCAUUUCCAAACACCAGCCAGUCCUCCGACAAAGCCCCUGUGAUGAAUCUGGCUCAUCAUAUUUCACUUAUCGCUGAUAGGGAUGACAGUGAUGAGGAUGAGCAUGACUUCAACAUUAACAACAAUGUGAUGAGCAGUCCAAUAUUCCCAACUAAACAGAAACUUUUCUUCGAUGAUGACCUGGAUUUACAAGAUACCCCUAAAAACUCGGUGUCAACUCGGUUAUCUUUUGAUGAUAGUGCUCUUCCAGAGGAAUACGACUUUGGUCAUAGACAUAUGGAGGUUGACAUUAAAACCUCGAAUAUGGAGUGUGUUGUAACCUCUCAAGAGGAAGUGGUUUUGUCCCGAGCUCGGGAGACCUUGGCGAUCGCCAACAGUCUUUAUCCCAAGGACAGAGCUACUAGGGUGACGGGGUCCAGAUUAAGAGAUAUUGACAGUCGCUCUUUCAAGUCUGGAAUCACUUUAAAACAAAAAAUUGGAGGAGAUAAGCCAAUGAGUGCUAGUGAGCUUGCCUACUCCAUCAUCCAGAGGGCGGGUGCUGAUCUUGCCAAGUACAAGUCACUGAUGCGCGACAAGACCACUCAUGAGCUCACCAUAAAGGGCCUACACUCCGACAGCUGAGGGGCUACACUUCCUUUGCUGAUGUAGCAAUUGUACAUAUAUAGUACAGAGUCCGUAUUCACAAAGUUAUUACUGACAUUUUUAGUUAAUUUUUAACUCUCUUGCAUUAACUUUAGGUCUUGGAUUGGUUUUGUAUGGGAAUAUAUUAAAAUAAUAGGUUGUAAUUUUUUAAACUGGUAAACAAGUCUUUAAAAUCUUAACUCUUUUUAUGUUGACAACAACAAUCAUAGAAUUUAAUAUGGACAAUUUGAUGCAAAAUUUUGACUUGUGCAAGUUUGAAAUUGUGUUUAUAAGAUUCCCUACUUGGCUUUGUGAUUGCAGCUGAUCUUUGUAAGGCGCAAAUCCAAGUCCCAUAAAAUCUAACAUUAUUUAAAAUUAUAAAGAAAGUAUUAUAGGAACAUGAACUUUCAUGCAUAAUAUAAGUUAAAUAUAACCAGUGAUCCAUUGUUCAAUGAAGACCAUGAAGAAAAGAAAAUAUUGUUAUACGUCAUUCACUUGGUACACACUUUGAAAUUUCUAGAUAAAAAUUGAAAAUUUAAAUAAAAAAACUUGGUGGAAUAAAAAAAAAUAAAAAAUAUGAAGUUCAAGUUUGAACGAAACAUUAAUUAAAAUGUUCCAAUGAUUUUUACCGAUAUGUAUUACGUUCAAUACAGUAAACAUUAUCAUUAAAAUAUGCAAUGACAAGAUUUAUUUUAUGAAUGAUACAUUUAUUUUCUUUAUGUAAUAUAAUAUUGUAAGUUCAUCCCAUAGCAAUGUGAUAGCUGUUAAUGUUGAUUAAAAGGCAUGUGGUGUCAAUGUUGAUUGUUAUAAUAUUAUUUAUUAAUUUCGUCUUUGGUCUUGGAGCUUUUGUCUUUGUGCAUGUGUGUCCAUUUUUUUCUGGUGUCAGUCAAAUUUUUAAUUUAAUAUUUGCUCAAUUGUGUGUGUUUAAAACAGCUUGGUCCAUGGUGUUAAAGCGAUAAUUCUUGACAAAUAACCACUUCAAGUAAAAAUGUGUUUUUAUGUGGCCAGCGUACCUGCAGACCAGGCUGCCCGCUUGCAUGCACAGCUGGUCUGGAGCUAUGCUGGCCGCAUAUGGCACGAGACCAAUUUUCCAUAAUGCGGGUCAAAUGUGAUGUGAUGCAGCAGAUGAAGUUUGCAUAUUUGUGGUACAUUAAUUUGUCAAAUGUCUGCACAUUUUCCAAUUGUUUCAGCUGCAUUUUAUGGUGAUGUAGUUACCCAGUAUUUUGGUGUUAUUUUAUUAAUAUUUUGUAUAGAUGUACAUUGUCUGCAUUUAUUAAAUGUUGCACAAAAUGUAUUUUGUACAGUGAAACUGACGUUGAAUUACAUACAUUUUCUGCCUUUAAUUUUUUUUUAUUUACUAAGGAAACUACAUAUUUUAAUGGCUUUUUGGUAGAUUGAUAUGACAAAAACAAUAGUGACAGCAAAUAGAUAUUUAAUGAAAACAGAACAUGUAUUCAGCAUUGCGGGCAAUUUGUAUGAAUAGUACUUCAUAACUUUCCAUCUAGUGCUUUUUAAUGUAAGGUAUGUACCAAUAAUGUGUUACACAUUAGCUUGUACAUAUUUGUAUGUAAAUAUAGUAAGGUAAAAUAGUAUUAUCCUAACAGGUUUUAUACGGCUACAUGCCCUAUAUAUUGGGCUGUGCUCUGUGAAAAGGGGGUUUAAUGCAUGUAUGUAAAGUGUUGUCCCUGAUAAGCCUGUUCAGACACUUUCUGCCUUAUAUUUUCUGUUUAAAGUAAGUAACCUCUUACAAAAAAUCCGGUUAAGAGAGAAAGUGUCAUCCAGGAUUAGCCUGUUUGGACUGCACAGGCUAAACUGAGACGACACUUUAUGCACAAGCAUUAAACCCCUUUUUCACACAGCAUGGCCCUACUGAUGCCUUUCUUUGUGCUGUCCAUGUAUACCAACAAUUAUUUGAGUCGUGUUCUGAGAAAACUGGGCAUAAUGCAUGUGCGUGAAGUGUCGUCCCAGAUUAGCCUGUGCAGUCCGCACAGGCUAAUCAGGGACGACACUUUCCGCUUUUGUGACAAGUCUCUUCUUAGCAAAAAUCCAAUUAAGGCGGAAAGUGUCGUCCCUGAUUAGCCUGUGCGGACUGCACAGGCUAAUCUGGGACGACACUUUACGCACAUGCAUUAUGUCCAAUUUUCUCAGAACGCAACUCAUUUAUGUGAGGUGCCAAUGUGAUAGUUUCGACAGUGGAUAUGCCAAAUUCUUUGUCUUUCAUUCAUUUGCAAUACAGGAGUGUGUGGUUGAGUGAUUUCAACGAAACCUUUGUGCAUUAGAAAAUAAUUAUAGCAAUUGCAUAAUACAUGUAACAAAAUAAGUAUGUGCUGUGUAGUUCUUUGUAUAACGUGAAGUCAUUGUUUCACUUCUUACUGCUUUAUUCAUCGACAAAUAAUGCCAGUACUGUUAUAUCGGAACUAAAAAAUAUGAAUUUAUUUUCAUGUACAUAGUAACAGUUUGCAAAUGUAAUUGUGUUAAGUGUGUACAUGUAUAAGAAAUAAUAUAAAACUACACAUGUAGUUGCUUGAAUGCAGGUAAAAGGUUUUAGGUCAGUUCUCAUAUAACAAUGUUAAGGUUUGUUGUAGCAAAAAUACUGCAAAAGCAUUUAUUUUAAUUUUCUAGAUACAUUAAAAUAAAGAUCAAGGGCGUGGUUUUAGUGUUUUUUGUGUUCACUGUUCAUGAUGUGUGUGAUAUUGCAACUAUAUUGAAAAUGAAUAAAUUGUACAAAUAAG